UUCUUUCAUAUCUUUAGCAGAAAUAACAUAGAAAAAAAAACAUAGAAAAUAUGGCAUCAGCAGAAGUGGUUGUUGUAACUCCCCUUUCACCCACAAAGAAGAAUAGAAUUCAAGUAUCAAAUACCAAAAAACCUCUAUUCUUCUAUGUUAAUCUCGCAAAGAGGUACAUACAACAACAUAACGAGGUUGAGCUUUCUGCAUUGGGCAUGGCAAUUACAACAGUUGUCACCAUUGCUGAAAUUCUGAAGAAUAAUGGAUUUGCUUGUCAAAAGACGGUAUGCACGUCUUCAAUUGGCAUGAAAGAUGAAAAUAAAGGCCGAAUGAUUCAAAAAGCUAAGAUCGAAAUUGUGUUGGAGAAGACCGAAAAAUUCGACUCAUUGAUGUCUCCCAAGAGUAAAAACAAAGACGACAGUAACAAAAAUGACGAUAAUGACAACAUAAAAACUACCACAAUUCGGGACACCUUGGAAGAGAAGACGGAGGACGGAAAAUAGUCUAAGUAAUAACAUUUUUUCAACUAUUGCUCUAGUUUUAAACAAUUUAUACUCACCACUACUUUUUACUAAAGGUAUAGAUAGGAAAAAUCUUUAUGUUAGGGUAAGAUGUUUGCACGUUAUUUGGGUAAUAUGGUAAUGUCGGUUAGUUCACUUGGUUUCUUUCUAGGUGAUGCUUAUAUGUAUUCAUUUUAUUUCUUUUUUUUUACCUGUCACUUCGUUUUGGAGUGUACUAGUCAUCAUAAUUGGUUACUAAUGAUGGAGCAAUGAUUGAAAUAUGAACUAUUUUUACUUUUUACAA